AUGCGGAUGGCGCUCGGGCGCAGAGUACGUGGUUUCUUAUGGGCGUCUGUAGAGGAGUGCGGCACGCUGCGGGCGCAGGGGCACGUGAAAGUACUAGGUCGUAGUGUAUGCGAUGAGAGAAGAAGUGUGUCGUCUGAGUUCAUUUCGUGCGACCAAACAUGCGGGAGUCGAGUUCCCAGCUCGUGUAGAACCCGAGAGAUGCUAGCCGAAAGCACACGAGUCCAAAAAUAUCAAAUAUGGAGGCUGCCAGACCCUACCGGCGCUAAGGAUGUUAGCGCCGCUAAGGGUAUGAAGUCUAGCGGCGUUAUGAUGAUUAGCGAGGAGCUAGCGACGCCAGAGCCUUCCCAGCUAAAGGGGGUUAGCGGCGCUAAGGGGUUAGCACCGCUAAGAUGUAUACCUUAUAGAAUAAGAAAAACUAACAAAUCCCCUUUAAUCCAUGGGACCCUUAUUGAAGAUAUAGAAGUCCUUCUAAUCAGCUCACAGAAAAGUCCAAGAAUGAUGUUCCCAAAGGGUGGAUGGGAACUCGAUGAAGACAUCGAAUUAGCUGCCUCACGAGAGACGCUAGAGGAAGCAGGCGUGAUCGGCUUACUUGGGGAAAAAUUAGGUGAGUGGCGAUUUAAGAGCAAAAGCCAAGAGAAGUAUCACGAGGGCUCAAUGUUCCCUUUGUUGGUCACCGAGGAAUUAGACACUUGGCCUGAGAAAAAUGUUCGCCGACGAGUUUGGAUGAAGGUGAACGAAGCUAAAGAAACAUGCGCUCAUUCAUGGAUGAAAGAAGCCCUUGAAGUUUUCGUUUGCCAGGUGGCGCCUCGGGAGGAGGAGAAGACAACAUUGGGGUUGUGUAGGUUGGGCUUGUGCCGGGCCGAGGAUCACCUAAGGCUCUCGAUUGGGCCUCAAAAUGCUGACGAGGAUGUUGAUAGUUAUUUGAUAAGUUGAGAAAGGGAAGGAGACAAAGUAAUUGUAGGCGAACGUACGACCCGUUGACUGCAAAACUAGCUGAUGAAGGCACGGCUUGGCGACGGGCGGUGAUUAGCAUAGGAAAUUAUAAGAGAAAGUAAAAACAAUUGUACAAAUUGGUCAGCUUGAUUUUUCCUUUUCUUUGUCUUCAUUUGCCAGUCAAGUGUUCUUGAUUUGUUCUUGCUCCUGUUGCUGUAAUUUGCAAAUAAGAUUAUGUUCGUUUGGAGCCAAAUCGGGAACGUGAGCAAAGUGGUAGCUGACAAAAUUCAGAUCUCUGUCCUUUAAUAUCCUCUAUUUCAUUUGAAACUAGUAGUCACCCGUGCGAUG